AAAAAAAAAAACAUAGUACCUUUGUCUAUUCGGCUGGUUUCGCACCAUGGCAGACAACGCCAUUGAAAAGAUUCUUCAGUAUCAUUUCCAAGACCCCGCGCUCCUUGAGGAGGCCCUUCAUGCCGAUGGAUCAACCCCAUCGUUAUCCAAAGAUAAACCCCGAGAGCAUGGAAACAAAGCCUUGGCAAUGAUUGGCGAUGCUGUCCUCCGGCUAGUCGUAGUCAACGACGGCAUCGUAGGGGGCAAUACCCGUCAGAGCUGCCACGAAAUCUGUAUGGCAGAAACUUCAAAUACUGCCUUGAGCAAAGUCCUCUGUAAAUGGGAAAUGGAUCGCUUCGUUCAUUUGCCAGGGUCGCUCAAGGGAACCGUGGCUCGAACUACAGGUGCUUCCACGACUGAGGCGAUAGUGGCUGCGGUCUGGAUUGACUCAGACCACGAUUUUGAUACGGUCCAUCGCGUAAUUCAUAAUCUCCAUAUUGGGGCUGGAUGUACGUAAAAUAGCAAUCAUUUGCCAGGCAAAACUAAAUCAAUGGCAUGGUGGUAAUAGCCUGAGCUUCAAGUGCAUUGUUCCGCCAUUUUGGAGCCCACUAGGCAUUUAUCAGACAUUAUGUCAACGUUCAGCAUACCACCGGUUGCGAAACCAAC